GUGCGCACAGGGCUUUGAAGUGUAACCAACUGCUGUCCCGGAGUCAGUGCCGGAGCCUCGUAUAUGAUAGGGAGAGCACUCCAAGAGCUCAGAGCCGGGUAUUGUUCUCUCAGAAGCCGGAUCCACAGUACCAGCAGGUCCCGCUGCUCUGGAUGGGAGGUCGGCUCCAACUUGCGCUGAGGCCAAAUUUUUUCGUUACACUGAGAGCGAAGCGCGGUUGGAGACCAAGGAGGAAUAGACACAAAACAACUUAAGACAGCAAACACGAGGUAACGCCGAUGUGAAAAAGCCGAUUUGUGCCACUGAAAGGACGCAUAUCGACGGUGAAGACACGCGUUUCAGCUCAUCUGCCGGAGAUGAAUGGAAGCGAGGAUAACAGAUGCAUACAGCCGGAAUGCUAAUGCGUGAUGGCUGUUUGGACAUGCACGUUGUGUGGACUGAAACAGGUUGGUUUCACCUCGAUCAAACUUCAGCAGUAUCAAACGUGGGACGAUUAGCGCGCAUUUAGCAGCUGAGGAUGAACUGAAUCAGCGUGGCGCGCCUGGAAAUGACAGGAGGCUUAUUAUGGGAAACUGCGCUCCGUGGUUUACUGGACUUCUACUGGAUUUAGAGGGUUAUCCUUAUCGCUGCAUGUGGACGAGGGUUAUUCCCAAAUACUGACCCGGAUAUUCUUCUGAUCUGAGAGUGUGUAUGUGUGUGCGUACUGUUUUUAACUGUCUCAGUGUCCAAAUUCACUUCUGUUGCUUAUUGACGAUGAUGGAUAUCCUAUAACCUAUUCUCUAUUAAAACACGCAUGCCAUUGCCAUUACAAAAGUUACUUAAAAAUGAAUAUGAUGCAAUUCGGAUCCUUAUAAACAGCAGAAACAAUCCACUCAUGCCACAGUCAGGAUGCUGUUCUCCACACUGUGUGAUUCCGAAGUCUCUCUGUCUCUGUAUCAGUGUAAAACCACAGAUGGAUGCCCUGUGUAAUGGAGCAAUGACACCUGAGGGCAAUGAUCUCCCUCUAGACCCCCGGCCUCCUCCUGCCAAGCUAGCUCGACUGGAACAAAACGGAGCGGGACCCUCUGCCCAGGAGAGAAGUAGGCAGGGGAGCCCUGUAGCCAAAACCCCCAGCCUGGCCCAGAAGCCCAACACAGUGAGGCCACAGAGCAAGAGCUGGCACAGCAGAGGUAAGGAGAUUUUUUACAGACAGGAUCUUAUAUGCAGUGGUACCAUCUAUUACAUCUUAUUACUAGCUCUGAUGAAAAUGUAACUAGAAAACUAGAACAUUUUACUCAAUUUGAAAACGCACUUUUACUCCCUGGCUUUUAACUCCUGAGAACUUGGUCUUUUAAUCAUGUGUUUACUAAACCAUCUACGUCCCCCUGUUUUUAAUGUGUUCCUGUGUCUUGUUUUAUUGUUCGUGUUAAUUGUCUGGUUCUUUUUAUUUUGUUUUUAAUUUUACUGUGCAGCACUUUGGUCAGCGCUUUGUUGUUUUUAAAUGUGCCAUAUAAAUAAACCUGGAUUGGAUUGGAUUGGAAAACUAACAUGAACCAAUUCUAUGUCAUGUCUGCUCAUUUCUGCUCAUUUGUGUCCAUCACCUCAGGAAGUCUUCUGCCAGUGUUCUGCGUGGUGGAGCACAAAGAAAGCGCUCUGGAAAGAGAAAGGCGAGAAGAACAUGCUGAGUUUGUGUUGGUCAAGAGAGACCUGCUGUUUAACCAGCUGAUAGAGAUGGCUCUGCUAACACUAGGCUAUUCACACAGCUCUGCGGCACAGGCCAAAGGUAAAACGCACAAAGUUGUAAAAAGGAGGAAAUUACACAAGUGUGUCUUUUUCAUAUGAUAAUCACCUCUGUGUGUGUAUGUCCAGGUCUGAUUCAGGUGGGGAGGUGGAACCCUGUGCCUCUGUCCUGUGUGACAGAUGCUCCUGAUGCAACAGUGGCUGAUAUGCUGCAGGAUGUUCACCAUGUUAUCACUCUUAAAAUCCAGCUGCACAGGUAGGAUGAUCUCUGAAUAUGUCUGUUUGCAUCGAUAGUCAGGUUUAAACAUAAUCUUAAAUGUAAAGAACUGCAACACACACCAAAUUAAGUUUCUGUGAGUCGCAGAGAAUAAUGAAAACUCCCUUUUUCAGUCUUUUUAUGCCUCCGAAUUAAGUUUAAUGACUGAUUUUAUUAGCUUGUUGCAAUGAAUAUUGAUGAGCAAUUUAAUGGUCAAAGACAUCAAAAGUUAUGUCCUGUAACAUUUUGGAAUAAUUAAUACUACUUCAUUUGUUGUGGAAGAAGUCAUUUAGUUGUGGCACAGUGAAAUCCACAGGAACAAGUGCUUUAAAUUCUUCCUGCAAACCAAAAUUUAAAGCAUACUGGAGAGACUAGAAACUUGUUUGAGGUCUUAGUGCUGCAGAUGAAUAAAGGAGAGCAAAAAAUGGGUUUUGCAGGACAUUUAUUCUCAUGAGGGUCACUCUGGUAUUUAAGUAAAGUUUAGUUAAAACUGGAGAGCAAUGUGAUGAGAAAAUAAAUGAAAGACAGCACUGAGGUAUAUUAUUUUGGUGAAACUGAUUGAAGUGCAGUCUCUCACCGGACUUCCUAAAAUCUGUCAAAAUGUUGUCAUUCAAGUACUUCUCGUGUGAUUUUUGUCAAGCUGUCCUAAAUUGGAGGACUUGCCUGCAGAGCAGUGGAGUCAUUCCACUGUGAGAAACGCUCUGAAGGAGCUUCUAAAGGACAUGAACCAGAGCACCCUGGCCAAGGAGUGCCCUCUGUCCCAGGUACAGCACACACAUGCACAAGCACACUGCAUUGAUUCAAAUACACACAGGAAGCUCAUGAGUACGAAGUGUCUCUGUAACGUCUUUGCCCUUCACUGUCCCAGGACUGCUUUUGUAACAUAAGGCAGGGUGAGCGUGUGGUCCAAUAAUUUGACAGGAAGUCCAGAUGCAGUGUGAGAUAAGGUGUGGGGGGCAGAGCGAGGGAGACACACAGAUAAAGAGAGAUGGUUAUCUCUUAAAAAGCCCAACCGCCUCAGGCUGCUGUCUAUCUUCUUUACCCUGCCAAGCUGUCUGCCUGUCACUGUAUCAGUCUGUCUGUCAGCUUCCUACUCUGUCAAACUCUCACUCCCUCUCCAUGACUAUCUUUCAAUGUCUCUACACUUUUGACUGCUUCAGCAACAAAAUCCCAAUCUGGUUUUAAGAUCUCUGUCCAGCCGAGAAAACAGAAACACAACUGCAGAAAUAACAUCACAUUAAUAAUGAUGCAGUAUUUGGGGAAAGGCUCUUUAUGAAUAUUCAUAAUGAUCAACUUAGUCUCUCUAUGUUUGCCCGAGGCUUCAUAGGACAUCUACAGUUUGAUAAAAAAGACACCCCCCUCUAUCUUCCUCUUCUUUGGAUUCUUUCCUUCUCUGCAGAUCUGAUACGAGCCAGUCCUCCCUCCCCCAUCUCUCUUUUUCAAUCCCUCUCUCAUCACUCCCUUUACCCCCUCUCUUGUUUGCGGGAAGCAGAUUAAAAUAAAUAUGAGAAGAUGAAAGGUGUAAUCAGAUGUAAAGAUUGCACAGGACGGUCUUUGGGGAAAAAAACUGUGCAUGAGUGGUUUUGUGUGUGUGUGUGUGUGAGACAGACAGACAGAGAGGCGGUCUCUGAUGACCUCUUGUGUUUUUUUUGAUCACACACAAGCAUGCACAAACACAUGCGUGAUUCACGUGUAGUAUGUGCACACACAUGGAGCUCUCACACACUGACACACUCAUCUGUCUUUAUUAUCUUAUUUACCUGGGGGUCUUUUUAAUAACACAGAUCUGAGUUCAUUAAUAUCAGAUGUGUGAACAGCUGAGACACUCAGGCUGCCCAUAGCAGUAGCUCAGAAGAUGUAAUGAAUUUCUAUUGUCUUUCUCCCUUCUGUUUCAGAGCAUGAUAUCAUCCAUUGUAAAUAGCACUUACUAUGCAAACGUCUCGGCUGCCAAAUGUCACGAGUUCGGUCGAUGGUAUAAGCACUUCAGGAGGACCAAGAGCUUCAAAGGUGAGGGGUUUGAGCCCACCUGCAAACAUGGAGAGUGCUUGAUGAGUCUCAGAGCAUGUCCCAGAUCCACACCUACACAGCAAACCAGCCUUGACAGAGUGAGGUUUUAGCAGUAAGAGGAACUUUUAUACUCUUAAUUCAAUGAACCACUACAGUCAGGCUCAUUUGCCUCUUGUCACACUGCUGUUUUUAUUUCUCAUGUUGUUUUAGUAAUGUGAAUCUAACGUCCUGUCAGCACCUCUUAGCUUCCUGUUUCAUCAGAAACUGAAACGGUUGAAAGUGGACACACAGAAGGACACCUGGCCUUGUUUCAAGCUAAAACUAUGUCUUUCCUCACUUAUUACAAGCAUAAGAAAGCAGCUAGCAUAAGUUUUCAACUACUCUAAGGAUAAAAUAAGAUCUUUUUAUGGUACCAUUUAAUGAUAGCAGAAUUAAUUUUAAACAAUGAAAUUAAAUCUUAUUUGCAAAUACUACGCAGAAACUAGCAUAAGCAUUCAACUACUCCCAGGGUGAAAUAGCACGAGUCAAAGUGUUCUAUUAAAGUAUAUUAAAGGGAUAUUCCAGUGUAAAACUAACUUAGGAUCAAACACACAGUAACACCGAGUUAGACACCCCCUUGAGAGAUGAAUGUUGCCGACUGCUUGCUUCUCUAGCUAUACCGACUUUAGUAACGACUGCACAAUGGCAAUACACAGCGGUCUGUGGAGCCACAUGCAAAGCUCAACCAAAACGCCACUCUAUAGCCACAAAUAAUGCUCAGAACAGCACCUAACUUCAUCAACAGUACAUAUAGGGUCCCAGCAAUAGUACUAGCCACCAAACAUCUUUUUAGCUUUGCCUGAUUUCUUUAGGAAAGAGACUCAACACAACUCACCCACUCUCUUCCAGCAGGCGCUUGUUUGUGGGAGAGCCCUGAUGAGUCAAUCACCGAGCACAGCGGAUCAUUUCCAUGAAGUGAUAAUCAUCAUAAUAACUUUUUGCCAUCAUAAUUUUUUGUACUGCACUAGUACCUCUUCCUUAACGUCUCGGUCUGAUUGCAUUUCCAUGAAGAAAUAAUCCUAAAUGUUCUUCCAUGAGCUGCGAAACUCGCUGCACUCAGUGAUCGACUCGUCAGGGCUCCCUUACAAACAAGCAGCUGCUGGAGGGGAGUGGGUGAGUUGUGUUUAGUCUCUUUGCUAAAGAAAUCAGGCAAAGCUAAAAAGAUGUUUGGUGGCUAGUACUAUGGCUGGGACCCUAUAUGUACUGUUGAUGAAGUUAGGUGCUGUUCUGAACAUUAUUUGUGGCUAUAGAGUGACUUUUUGGUUACAGUUUACACGUGGAUCUAUAGACCGCUGUGUAUUGCUAUCUUGUGGUCAUUACUGAAAUUAGUAUAACUAGAGAAGCAAGCAGUCAGCAACAUUCAUCUCUUGAUAGGGUGUCCAACUCAAUGUUACAGUGUGUUUGACCAAAACUCAAUUUUAAACAGGAAUAUCCCUUUAAGGUCAAAAUAAAUAGUGACUGUAAAGGUUAUUUUAAAAUGAAGCUUGGGGUGAGAAAUGACAGUCUAAACUAGUGAAAAUCUGAGGCACUUGAAUGAGGUAUAAAAAUCUGUCAAACAGGGAUGUGAAAACACAUUUCAACUCAAAUGCAAAUCUGUUAAAUCCAUCAGCAGUUGGGUUCUUACAGAAGUUGCAGGAGUUGCCGCUCUUACACAAACAGUGUUGGACUUUAUGAAUGGCAAACUCAAACUAUGUUAAGAAUUGUAACACAAGAUAGAGAUAUUCAAUGUCAUAUUCUUUGGUGUGAUAAUAAUUGUAUGUUCAUUUUCCCCUUCCUUCCACAGAGAUUGACAGCUUCUCUGACCAACCCGCACUCCCCACCCUGACCCAGCAGCCAAUCACAAGUAGCCCAGCUGAACAGAGCUCCCCUCUCCUCUUUUCUCGUGGGGAUGUAGCCAACAUAUGUGGCCGCUCUCCCCUCAGCCUGCGCCCUCACGGUUUGGUAACCCAGCCGCUCAGCUCUCAGAUGGUCAACCAACAGCUGGUUAUGGCCCAGUUCCUCAACCAGCAGUACGCUGUGAGCCGGAUGCUAGCAGGGCAGGGUCACCCAGCGCCCCCUCAGCAGUAUCUCAACCAUCCACCUGUAGGGAGGGCGCCUACGAAAGUCUUCUCCAAACCCCCUGAACCCCAGGCCCCUCAACAGACACUCUGUGGCCCAGGAGUAGGCCCUGCACCUGGGCCUCAAAUACAGACCUCGUCUGGGUCUUCUGUGGGGCUGACAGAUGUGCCGAGUGACAUCUACCACUGUGUGAGGGAGGAACUGAAGAGAGCGGGCAUCUCCCAGGCCAUCUUUGCGCGUGUUGCCUUCAACAGGACCCAGGUAUGGAACUCAGAGAGGUGAAUGUUUACCGGUGGUCAUCUUUUGAAGUAUCUUUUGUGCUGCGAUGGUUCAUAAAUGUGUCCUAUAAUUAUCUGUGCUUGAUGGUUGGCACAUUGGCAUGGCCUUUGCCGCAGUGCCCCCUCCCCCCAUGCAUGUGCGUAUAUAUGUGUGCGUGCGUGUUUGUGCCAGCUCUCUGCAGCACAAAGCUGGUGCCAGCACUGAAGCAGCUGCUAGGCCAACUAAUCACAACCCCUUGGAGAAAUGCUGUCUCUCCCUCUCUACCUUUUUCUUUAUCUUACUGCCCCUCCAUCUCAACUCUUUCCAGCAGUAAUCUUUACCUCUAAUCUGUCGGUCCAUAUUUUUAUUAUCACACCUUUCAUUCUUUCAUUGGUCUGCUUCUUUUUCAUCCAUAUCUCUGCCAUCACCUCAAACACUAAAAUGCCACAUUAUCUGUGUCCAUCAUCUUCCAUUCGCUACCACAGCCACAGAAAUGGGGCUCAGAGGACAGGCUAAGCCCAUUGUUAUUAUUAUUAUUAUUAUUACCGUCAUUAUCAUUUUCAUCACAAUAACCAGAGGUAGUUAUUAUCCACCCCCGUGUUUCCCCUGUUGCCAAGUCCAAGGUGCCUCAGUGCCAGCCGCACAAGUCGGGCAGGAUGCCAACCUGCCAUAUAGAGUCUAAAGGAUCAUUUGUCAUUUUGUGAUUCAUGUAAAGCCUCCAUCAGUCUGGAAGGAGGAGUCUGAGAGUAUCUGAAGAUGAUCCAUGAUUUGAAUAAGAAGGCUGUUUCUUCUCCCUUUAUUUCACUGCCAGUGUGAAAUCUGAUUUCUCCUCUGAAUGGAAGCCCUACAAUCUGCAUGAGAUGUUUGAAGGCUUUCCUAAACACACAGAUAUAGCCUCGAUAAUGCGAGCUUGAUAGCUUAGUAGAUUGCUAAGUCGUGAAUGUGGACUGGCUCUGUAUCUUGUGUAGCCUAGAAACACCUAACUGCAGGAACUCGAUAAGUAGCCGCUUUGAAUGAGAGCCAAACAUGGAGUUUUUUUUUUUUGUUAAGUUCAUUCAAACAACAACUUUUUAACACAUCAGAGGGACUAUGUCCGAGUGAUUAUUUAUGAAUUUACCAGGGUCUUCUGUCAGAGAUCCUGCGGAAAGAAGAGGACCCCAAACACGCCUCCCAGUCUCUUCUGGUGAACCUGCGGGCGAUGUACGGCUUCCUGCAGCUUCCUGAAGCUGAGAGGGAACGCAUCUACCAGGAGGAGAAAGACAGGAGCCUGACGGGAUUCACCCCCAGCUGCAACAACACGCCACCAAGACCCACACAGGUCAGCCUGUGGACAGACUGAGAGAGAGAGAUGAAAUCACGAAGCUGCUGUUUAGUUUUUUGAUUUUUGAUUUUUUGCUUUUAUUGAAUUGAAACGCUGAAAAACAGGGAAAGUUGGAAAGUAGAUAGUCAGGAAAUAUCAUGAAGAAAAGGGUCAUGGCAGGGAAUCGAACCAACAACUGCCUUAACAAAGACUAUACCCACCGAGCAUUUUUCGCUCUAAAAGACAUUUAAUAGACCUCUAAUGGUCCUUAGACGUCUGGGCUAAAAUUGGUCUACCACUGGUCUAAAAAGGAAAGUUAUUUAGCCGUCUAAGCUAAGACUAGCUGUCUAAUAGUCUUAACUACACUUUACAUUGAUCAAUGACUGUUAAAAUGCUUUAAUCCAACAUUUGGCCAUCAUUUAAACAGCUUACAGUUGUUUUUUAUUUAAUAUUUAAUAAUUAAUGGGUUAAAGUCUAUUGUCUAGUUUUGGGCUAAAAUAUAGAUCAAUUAUAGACGGUGAAUUUAUGUCUAAACUAAGACGAGACGUCUAAUAGUCGUCUAAGGCUCAGUGGGUAUCCUCUGUACAUGGGGGUAUGGUUUUUCUUUGACAUUUAAAGUGAAUUUUAAAACAUUUUGUGCUCGAUUUUUGAGAAUUUUGGUACAUCACGAUUCUUUGGCUGUGAAAACUAUCUUCAGGUGAAAACUGUCCUUUAGACAAGCACAGAAAAAGGUAGUUAUAUAACCAUCAGGCUCACUGCACUUAGUGUGAGGCGCUUAUGAGUUAUUAAUAUUAAAAUGCUGAUGAUCGUAUGCUUUACUGAGCUUGGAAAAUUAUUCUACAGGCUUAACAAGAUCAUGCUAGUACUGUUAGCACUAACUUAUUCAUUAUUUUAAAGCAUAUGUGAGGAACAUGCACCAAGACAUCUUGUCCUUUACAUACUGUAGUGGUUAUUUUUAUCCAGAAAGCUAAAAUAUCAUUUAUCGUGAAUAUUUAAUACAAAAAUGAUAUAAACAGGGCUGUUUGUAGCUGGCAUCGACUCACCUGCACUGUUUUGAUACGCGCAGAAUAACAACAGAAAAGCUCUAAAUCUUGUCAUCAUCGGUCCUGUCUGCUUUUGUUUAUUAUUUCAUUACCAUCAAAAACCUUCUUACAGGAGCUAUAAGUAUUUUUAUAGAAGCAAAUAUAACAUCUGAAAACGUAAAGGGUCACCUAAAUUCUUAAAAUAAGGAUUUUUGUUUUUUCUUCACUCUGAUCCCUUCUUUUCACUCCAGUAAAGUACAAAUUAUACCUUUCCUCUAACUUUUGCCAUAUCCUCUGGGAUUAAAGUUGGCCAAUACUAGGAUUUUUGAGAAAAAUGGCAAUCUGACACUGAUAAAGUUUAAUUAUUAAAGGGAUAUGGGGGCGUAAAUUUAAGCUAGGGUCAAACACACCAUAACAACGAGUUAGACACCCCCCUCAAGAGAUGAAUGUUGCCGACUGCUUGCUUCUCUAGUUAUACCAACUUUAGUAACGACUAAACGAUAGCAGUACACAGCGGUCUGAGGAGCCAUCAACAAACCUCAACCAAAAAGUCACUCUAUAGCCACAAAUAAUGCUCAGAAAAGCACCUACUUCAUCAACAGUACAUAUAGGGUCCCAGCCAUAGCACGAGCCACUAAACAUCUUUUUAACUCUGCCUAAUUUCUUUAGCAAAGAGACUAAACACAACUCACCUACUCUCUUCCAGCAGCUGCUGGUUCUUGGGGGGACCCCUGACGAGUCGAUCACCAAGUGUGUUUGACCAUAACUUAAAUUUACGUCGGAACAUCCCUUUAAGUUUCUUUGGCACUAUAUUUUGGGAGUAAACAUUAACUUAACCCAGCCUCUUUUGUCUGAUCAUGCCAUGUGUAGGUUAGGCUAGAGUGCAGGACUCCCUUUAACUCCGGCCAGAGUGAAACAGAGAGUGAUGAUCUAUGACAUGUUGCCAGGUUUGAUAUAUAAAAUGUACUCCACCUGCCUUUUCAGCCAACAGCUGUAGUAGUAUCAGGUUUACUUUAUCUAAGACAGAAAACACCGUCAACAGUCAUGAGGGCCCACACAGGGAGGACUUCUGACUUCGUUUGUAUCUCAAAAACUUUCAGACCAUAGAUCUGUUGGCGUUCCCUGUAUCUAUGGUGUAUCCUCUCUCAUAAUUUCCUUUUCAUAAUCUGUUCAUUUUCCGUUCUUUCCCCCCAUUUACUCUCAAUCUGGCGCAGCCAGCUCCUCAUGCACUGCUCUGCUGACUCUCCUCUGUCGGCCUGGAGAGGGAGCAGACUGCCACAUGUUCCCUCUAAUAUCCCACAUCAAGUUGCCAGCUGCUUCUCCAGCCAAGGAGACAGUGUCGUGCGCACCGGUUCAUUCUGUCUCCCAGAAACGAGACCAGUUUCUAUAUUGAAGAAGUGAUGCCUCACUUGCUUUGCAAAUUAAAAUCGUUCUUUAAAGUGUGAUAGAUGAGCAGAGCAACCUAACAUUUGCUCUGCUUUGAUUUCAAUCCACUGAGCUGCUAAUUUCUAACACUUGUUGCUCACGUUUAAACCCGACUCUUUUGUCUUUCUUUCUCUUCAGGCGAGGCUGUCCCCAGUUGCAGGAGACAGAAAUUUGAGAACAGACAGUUGUGUUCUCAACGUGAGCGCUUCUAUCUACGAGGAGAUCCAGCACGAGAUGAAGCGAGCCAAAGUGUCUCAGGCUCUGUUUGCAAAAGUGGCUGCCUCUAAGAGUCAGGUACUUCCUUGCCUGCUGGUGUGAAUCUGAUGAAAAUGCUUUAUCCUAAACGUUCACAUAUUGCACCCAUUUCUAUUAUUUGAUAGUUCAGAUUUUGGUUGCAUGAUGAAUACAUCCCCUUAGCUUAAGCAGGGAUGGUUUGUGUGUUUGUGAGUGUGAGUGUGUUUGAGUGUGUGUGUGUGUUUGUGGAGGAAAGCCCAGAUAAUCAACUAGCAGCUGUACUCUGCAGAGGACUAUCAUCAGUGCAUCAGACUGCUAUUGUGUCCUAAAUUAUCGCCUUAAUAGUCACCAUACAAAAACACAUGCACUCUCACACACUUGCACACCACUUAUUUGUGCACGCAGACACUCUGCACGAACAAAUGCAUGCACACGAGAGCUGACAAACACACACAAAUGCUCUUACGCACACAGGCACACACACAAUUUGAGUGUUUAUUGUUCUCAUUUUUAUGGCGGCCCCAUAAGCUUGUUAUUGCCUUUUGUUUUGAGGAUAAUUUCCCUUUAUGGAAUGGGGGGAUUUUAGCUGUCUCAUUUUCUCUUCUCUUGUGCAUGUCUCCAAUUUCCACUUUCCUUUCUUUUUUCCUUCCUUCUUUCUUUCCUCCAGUGUUUCUUUCAUUCUCCCCAUCUUUGUUCCUGUCUUGCUAUCAUCUCUUUGCUCAUCUUGAAGAUGUUUGGAGGUCAUUCAGCGGUCAUGCCAGUACAGACAGGUGGUCCAAAACCCCUGAGGUUCUUUUCCUAUCAUUUCUUUGCCGGCCUUCCUUUUUAUUUCACUUUCUCUACUUUCUCUGUACCUCUCUCCCCUCAUCUCUCCUCCCUUUCUCUCUUUCACUCUGUCUUCCCCCGUAUUACCCGGCUGUUUGGCAGGCUCAACCAUGCUGGAUCCCUCUGUUCUAUCUGCACUGUGCAUCUGGAUGGCAUUGUGUGCUAGACUUGGGUUACAGCCAGGCGUGUGUGUAAGUGUGUGUGUGUUUGUGUGUGCACUAAUGUGUUUGUGUGGAUCUGUGUGUGCGCAUCAGAGUGCGUACAAACGUAAUCAUGCUCCAGUUCAUGAAUCUGAAACUGGCUUGGCUUUACAUUCCUCAAUCUGCCACUCACAAGUUUUCUUUUCCUCUGAUGCAGAAGGAAAGUUGAACUAAUUAGGAAAUCUCUCCAUCAUCUCCUGACUUUGCAUUAAAAUAUAAUCAGAACUUUUCUCCUCAUUAUUUGCCAGUACAGAUGCAUCUCAGUGAAGUAGAAUAUCAUGAAAAAGUUGAUUUUUUUCAUAAUUGAUUUUUAACUUUUGAUAUUCAUUACAUGACUGGUAAAAUAUUCUUGCCUUUUUAGUUUAUAGCUCAUAAAAUAUGAAAUCUGGUGUUGCAAAUUAUUAGAAUAUUUCCAUAAAAAAAUAGUUUAUUAUACAAAAAAGCCCAAGUUCUGAAAGUCAUGUUUAUUCAUAUACUCAACAUUUGGUCAGUGUGGCGUUGCAUGGCGGUAAUCAGCCUGUGGUACUGCUGAGGUCGGGUUGAAGCUUCUUCAGUUAGUCACUUUGGCGCUGUGGGUAGGUGCCACUGGUGGAAACUAGGGGUGUCCUGAUACAACUUUUUGACUUCCGAUACGAUACCGAUAUUGUAGCCUUCAAUAUUGACCGAUACCGAUAUUGAUCCGAUAUUAGCAAAAAAUUGUGCAUGACAAGUUUUUCACUCAGCUGCAAUGUCUUUUUUGGACUUAAACAAGAAAUACUGCCACAAGGCCAACAUCACUUCUACUCCUUGUUACUUUAUUGGUACUUUAGUACACACUGUUGUUGUGAUUUUGUGGGCUCAGCUUGCUGGAUAAGGGCGCUGCUAGAUAGAGGUGCCAGAGUGGAGUCUGGAAUGGACUGCUUGUAUUGGAGUGCUGAUAUCGGAGAUUUUAGAGGCAGGCCGAUAUAAUCUGAUAUUCAUGUUUUUGCUGAUAUCGGACCGAUAUCGUAUCGGGACACGUCUCCAUUUACUUUAGACUCAGUAAAACACAGCAGACCAUCACCAGCAGAUGUCACAGCACCCCAAACACGGCAGACUAUGGAAACUUCACCGUGGGUUCUAAGCCUCUCCUCUCUUCCUCCAGACUCUGAGACCUUCAUUUCCAUAUGAGAUGCAAAACUGACUUUCAUCUGAAAAUAAGACUUCAGACCACUGAGCAACAGUCCAGUCCUUUUUCCUCUUAGCCCAGACGAGACUCAUACAAUGCUGUCUGGUUUGGAAGUGGCUUGGCAUAGGAAUGUGACAUUGUAGUCCAUUUCCUGAACACGUCUAUGUGUAGUGGCUCUUGAUGCUCUGACUCUUAGCCUCAGUUCACUCUUUGUGAAUAUGAAGCUCUCACAAGAUUCUUGAAUCCUCUUCUUGACAAUUCUCUCAAGGCUGCGCUCUUCCCUUGGUCUCCUUUUUCCUCACGCAUUCUUCUUUACACUCAGAUUUCCAUUAAUCUGCUUUCAUACAGCACUCUGUGAACAGUCAGCCUUUUUCAGCUGUGACUUUCUGCUCACCAUCCUUGACUAGGCCUUUAAGAGGACAGUCAAGUCAGCAGUCUGAACUAUGAUUGAAGUUGCAUGUUGUGAACUAAACUUAAAUUUAACAUUGAAACUUGUUAAUCUGUAAGUUUUGUUGUUGGUUGUUUCCAUUGACAUCAGGAAGCUUACAUUAGCCUAGCUUAUUGCUAAACACAGCUGCAUGAUCAGCCUGUAGGGACUUAAAAUAAAACCUGCAUACAUCCUUUUUUUCAUUUUUACAUAAGAAGAAAAAUACUUAUAUAUUAAUUCACCAAGGUAUGAGAAGAUGAGCUUGUUGAUGAAGGAAUCGUCACUGAUUAAUAAACUAAUUAUGAGCAAAUUGAGUAGAUUAGCAUAGCUAAUGGUUUAGUUUAUUAUUUCUUGGUAAUUAUGGCAGGACACAAGGCAGCAAGAGAGCUUUUUGUGGAAGCAUUAGAGUCGAUCACACAGCAGACAUUUCUCUGUUUGCUUUUUGCACUUAAUAACAGCUACAUAAAGUAUUCUUAUUUAGUGUAAAAUUAAAAUACAGAUUAUUAAAACCCUUUUUGUCAAAUAAUUGAUUUCUUUGAUGCAAAUUGCUGAACAGAAUGUUACCAUUGACUCCUGCAGGGCUGGUUGUGUGAGCUUCUUCGGUGGAAGGAGGACCCCAGCCCGGAGAACCGGACCCUGUGGGAGAACCUGUGCAUGAUCCGCCGCUUCCUCAGCCUGUCGCAGACAGAACGAGACGCCAUCUAUGAGCAGGAGAGCAGCAACACGACGGCCCAGCAGCACUGCGGCGACAGGCUGAUGCUGCUGAGCAAUGACAGCACACUGGUGAGACAAAACACACAAAAAGAUAAACUGAUUUUGUUCCACACAGGCUGCAUUUGAGAACAGACUGUCUUUUUUCUUUCCCUGUAAUAAAAAGCACUUUCAAGUAAAUUGACUACAAUAGGCAGAAAAAUCCAGUAAAAGGUUACAUUUUAAAUCUAAUCCACUGUUCCAGGACAGACAAUAUUUGUAAACGCCUACAAAAUCUUUGCAAGAAAAAAUGAUUUCAACAAUUCAGGCAUCAAAGUCAAUGAAAUACUGGAUGUGUGCACAUUAACUAAGCUAUGAUUAACCCGUUGGUUAUAUUCAGUUUUUCACCUGCACAGUUUGUGCUUGGAGUAAUAAUGCUUGCAGAUUCAGGGUUGAAAAACUUGAUUUAUAUAACUCUGAUACAUAUAUAUAUAUAUAUAUAUAUAUAUUUUUUUUUUUUUACAUUGAUAAAAUUCAUUUCAAUAAUACUGACAAAUGAUAAACAAAAUUGUUAAAGUUGAAUUAACAUUUUAUCUAACAAAUACAGGCGGAAAAUAUAUGGAAUUGUUUCAUAAUUACAUAUUACCUUUAACUUUCCAUCCAGCCAUCUGUUUUUAUUAUUAUUUUUUUUUUAAUGAAUUUUUUGGGGUGCAAUUUUUUUUUUAAAUGUAAAAAGACAUGUAAAGCUCCCAUGAGGAAUUUUAGGUUUGUGUCUCUUGUGGACAAAAUCUCAUCUUGCUCACACCGGUUUCAUGCAUUAAAUUAAGGUUAAAAAAUCAUCAAUCUUGUCUCUGAUGGUCUUGUUUGCUCUUGGAUAGAAUGUAAAGGCAUAAAUAUAAAUUUCAGUCUGUUUCAUGAAUGUGGAAAAAAAAAAAUCUUGUGGGAGCUUUAACAGAAAAAAUGUGCUUCACAAACAUGACUGACAUUUCUGUCAGGAGCAAUAUUAACCUGGAUUAUUCUACAGAUUAUAACAGAUAUCAUAUUAAACACUUGACUGUAAGAGUGUUAGAUUUGUUUUGCUGUUAUCAGGGAUAAGACAAAUGCUGGCUGGGUGUCAUAUAAGCAGGUGACCAGGGUUUGAUUCCAGUCUGUGGGUCACUCCCUGCUAUCCUCUGCCUUGUCCUGUGACAUAAAGGCCAGACUUAUAACUUUAAAAAGGAGACAUCUAGUGGUCAACUGGUUACAGAUUUUAACAUCCAAUACUGAAGAAAGCUGCCUCAAAACUCUGCAUUAAACUAAUUUAGAGGAGUCAUAUGAGGAGUUAUAAACCAAAAACAAUAAAAGCAUAAAACCUACCUUAUUAACUUUUUAUGUUUUAUGAGAAGAUUUUAAUCAGUGAGAAGGGGUUGUAACUAGAAAUGGAAAAUUUGAUGCCAGUUACUUUUAAGAACAGUUAUAUAAGCUGAAAAAUGAACAGAGCAGGUCAUAAAGGAAACCACUUUGCAGCCAUUUCUUUAUUCAAUUUUUUAACCAAAUGUAAUAAUAAAAAUAUUGGUAAAUUACAUUUUUCUAGAUCCUUUCCUUCAGAUCUUAAAAACACAUUUGUGUAUUUUUUUAAUUUCGUCUUUCUCCUCUGCAGUACCAGCGAAACUCUCCUCUACCACAGCAACACCACCUUCAACCCCACCAGCCCCUGCAGCCAGAAGCAGGCCCCCACCUGUCACCACGACAACCAUGUGCUGCAUCACCAGCUGAAUCUGAGGCUGGGGGCAACUGGGCCCACAUGAGAGUGCGUCUGCAGGGAAGGAGCUGUAGUAACGGGGAGAGAGAGGAUAGCAAGGAGGGCAUUGAGGGGGGGCGGGGAGAGAGGAGCAUUCUGGGAGGGGACAAGGGCUGUGUCGGAAAGGCGAGAGACAAUGAAGCAGAAAGCAAGGAGCAGGUGAGAGAUGGAGAUGAAAGAGAAGAGAGGAUAAACGGGGACAAAAAAGAAAGCGAGGUAAAGGAGAAACUCCAAGUUAAGUGGUCCAGAUUGAAAGAUGAGAACCAAGAUGGGGCUGGGUUGUGUUCAGAUCAAGAGGUCCAAGAAGGAGAUGAGGCCCCAGGUGAGGGGUUUAAAGUGUCCCAGGAAGCCCUGGUAAUCCUGCAGAGCUUCAUCCGGGACGUAGGUCUUGACCCAGACGAGGAGGCGGUUCACACUUUGUCGGCUCAGCUGGGUCUGCCCAAACACACCAUCCGACAAUUCUUCAACAGCCAGGACCAUGAGCAGCAUCAACAAAGGGGAGACAACCCAAAACUGAGUCAAGACAACCACGCAAACCUUCUCAAGACUGACCCUACUGAAGAGGGGGAGGAGGGUGAUGGAGAGAGUGAAAGACAAGAAAAGGAGGAGGAGAAUCAAACAGACAGAGGUGAAAAAGAGUCAGAAGUUGGGACUCAAACUGUCCUUCCUGUGAAAGAGGAGCAAGAGAGCUACAUCUAGAAACUCUAGAGAAGCUGGUGCUCAUACAAAGACACUUCAGCAUUUCUGAUUUAAAGAUCUGCUGCAAACAGGACUGAAAACAUUGUGUAGAUAAUGUUUAAACAUUGUGUCUCUGUGGAUUUCUGUGUCAGGUUGAGUGGGAAAUACAAAGAGCCCUGUUGUGACAUAUCACUAUAUUAAAAAAGAAUAACUGUGACUUUCAGAUUGAUUGAGAUUUGAGAGUAAUGACAAUGAUUUUUUAUGAUCAAGUCAGUUGUUAAAGGUGCAACUACUACCUGCCAGGACAUCUCAUAUAUAUUUCACAUUAGUCGUCUUACAGUUUGUCUGUCACAGUGUAUGAGGACAUCAAAUUUCCUGAGUCUGUUUUGAUGAUUUUAAGCUAAUAUGAAGCAUUUCUAUUCCCCUUUAGUACAUGACAGAUUCUACUCUGCAGUGUUUUUCUUUAGAGCUUAAAAAAAUUAGACAAAUCACUGUAAGCAUCGCUAAACUUAUCAGUACAACAAGAACCAAGUUAGUCAAUUUUCUCCCUAUGUCUCAACUUCCAUAUAUGGUUUUGUUGUAGGUCCUAAAUUGAAUAUUUCAAUAGAUGCAUGAACCUACUUCUCCCUUACAAACAUAGCAAUGUCUUUUUAGGGUAAGUGUUACGUUUACACAUAGUGUGGUCUUUAUUUUGAGAUGAUUUAUCCUCAUGUAGCGGAGACAGAAUAAAUAUGAUUUGACUGUUAAAAUGUCCUAAAGUGACUGAAAAUGUGCUUCACACUGAGCUGUUCUCAUUUUCUGUUUCACAUGGACCGCACAAUGUUCAAUGUUUUUCAUGAAAGACCAAUCAUGGACUAGAAAUAUAAAGACUUCAGCUGUGCAGUGUGUAUGAAAUGUUUAAAUUAAAAAGACAGCACUUUCAUUUGUACAAGAAA